UAAUGCGAUACCAUCAAUUAAAAGCAGAACACGUCUCGAGUCGCUUGCAUACAAAAAUUUUGUUGGCCUCAAGUAAAGGCACAUUUGAUUUCUAAUUGAAACAACGUUUCGUUUGCUAAGUUUCAGUUUAAUUUCGAAUUACAAAAAAUUUGGUGUGGUGAAAAACGAGUGGAAACCAAAUGCGUUCCGCACCGCAAUCGCAUUUGUUGUUUAUUGUAUGUAUAAUAUUUUCGUAUUGUAUUACGGUACCGAAGCCGAUCGACACCACAGUCCAAUAAAAAAAUUCCGGGGAAACAUAUUACCAUACAACACAUUGAUGGUUUUGUGUGAAAAAAAGUGUUCUUUACGUUUAAAUACUCUGUAAUCAAUCGAAAUAUUGUCACGUUGUAAUUGGUGGUGUUGGAGAUAUAUAGAGAAAAAAAAUACAAUUUUGAAAUAAAACUAAAAGAACAAAUCCGUGUAAACGCAUAAAUCGAUAGUUAAUCGUCGCGAAUAAAUCAAAUAACGGAUCAUUCAUUUUCGAAAGUAAUAAAAUCAUAAAAUAGUACCAUUGCCGCCGCGCCGAUUAGGGAAUCGAACGAGACAAGAGUCAAUCAUUAACCAGCUAUAAUACUUCUGAUUGUCAUCGACCGAUAACGACCCAAUAAUGGAUCUUCAAAUUUAUUUGAUCAUAUUUGCGUUUUUCUUCAUAUCGCUGUGUUCGUUGAUUUUCGUCAAUCGACAACUGCGCAGUGGUAAAACGUUUGAAGAAGCGCUGGCCGAAAAACGUCAACUAACCGAAAAAUUGUACGGCAAUAAGAAGAAGAAUGCAACCAAGAAGACCAACACUGGCAAAAAGAAUCGAGACCGGAAGGAUGCCAAACAACAGAAAGCACCUCAACAGCAUCCAGCUGUAGAAAGUGAUGGCAAAUCCGACAGUGGCUCUGAAAAUGAUUCAAACGCUACGCCACAUGAUGGCAAGGCUCAUGUUGAAUUCACUGAAGAGGAGAUCAUUGCUCCGGAAACCAACACCGUUCAAUUCAAGCGUCAAUUGUCUGUUGGAAAAAUAAAUCCGCCAGUUCGUAAGACGAGCACAUCAAAGUCACCUGGAUCUGGAAUUCUGGUGAAUAAGUCAACAACUGCUGCUAAACCAGCACCGCCAGCAAAUGGCAACAUUGAGACAUUGAACCACUUCGAUAAGAGUCAUCCAAAAGAUGAUUUGGAAAUCAAGAAACAACGCGAUGAAUCGGUUGGCCGCACCGUGAAUAAGAAAGAAAACAAGAAAGGUAAACCAGCCAAAAAAGACAUUUCUCCUGCUGCUACACAAAAUACUGUUGAAAAGGUGUCCAAUCCACCAAAUGAUUCGGUCGAUGCACAAUUGAGUGUACCGUUUGAGAUUGUUGCCGCUUCCGUUGCCGCUGCACCAAAAGAAUCGCCGAAAAAUGUUGCCAACAAGGAGAAACCAAACAAGAAGAAGCGCAACGAUGCACUUUUGAUUCAACAAUUAGUUGAUGCUGGUGUUGCUUCGUCAACAUCCGAGGCAGUGAAUGUCAAUGCAAUUAUCCAGCAAUUGGGUCGCGUCGAAUUGACACGUAAUGAAAUUCAAAUUUUGAUCGAUUUCUUGUUGAAUAAACAACAAGAUACGGCCAAUGUGACCCAUUCCGAUUGGAGCGACGAUCCAAUUCACAAAUUGCGCAAUCAGCUCGAGGAAAAAGAUCGUCUUUUGGCCGAAGAACAAAAGGCAAUGUUUGCAAUUCAAACAAAAUUGCGUGAAUUGCGUGCCGAAUUAAAUACAGAACGAACACAAGCAUCGCAUCUCAAGAAUGCUCACAUCGAAGAAUUGAAUGCGUUGAAAAUCGAUUUGAAUCAAGCACAACAAGAUCGUCAACUAUUGGUCGAUCGUGCAAACAACGAGAAGCAAGCAUUGAACAAACAACUACAACUUUUGCAACAAAAAUUGUUCCAAGAAAAGAAUGCACAAUCGCAAGAGUCGACACAGAAAUUGCAGCAACUCACCGAUGCACACGCUCAGCUGUCGGCUGAACUGUUGAACAAGAACAAUAUUGUUCAAGAUUUGCAAGAAAAAUUCCUACAAAUUCGCGAUGAACAUGUAAGCAAAUUGAAUGAAUGCGAACAGAAGUAUCAAGAUCUAGUUCACAAAAAUGAACAGGAUGUUGCAUAUUUGAAUGGUGAGGUUCUUCGUUUGCGCAGCGAAUGCCAACGAAAAGAAGAAUUAGAAAAGCUCUAUGCAUUGAAGACAUACGAAUUUGAGCAAUUGGAAUCACGUUUGAACGAACAAAAUAAACAAUCAAAUCAAAUUGAAGAUAGCAGCAAAGUGGAAAUAAGAAAUUUACAAAAUGCGCUCGACUCAACGAAAACCGAAUUGACGCUGAGUCGCAAUGAAUUAGCGGAGAGUUCAAAGCGUAUCGGUGAGCUAAAUUCACAAUUGAGCGAAUUAAAAUCAUCGUACGAAGAAGAAAAUACGACAGUCAUUCGAAAAUAUUCAAAUCAGAUCGAAGAGUUGAACAGUUUCAUUCAGUCGUAUCGCACGACAAUUAGCGAAAAAGACGAAAAACUAAAUGAGCUACAAUCGAAAUUGGAGAAUGCGUCAGUUGAUCAGCGCGAACAAGAGCUAUUCAAACAAAUAGCCGAUUACAAAGAGAAGAACAACGAAUUGCGUAAGAAAAACUGGAAAUUGAUAGAUGCAUUACAAAAGGCCGAAGAGUCUGCCUAUAAAAUCUCUUCCAAAUGCAAAUUAGUUACCACAAAUGCAAGCCUUUCACCAUCAAAAAUCACAUCGCCAGCUGCAUCAAACAAUAAUGUUGAGCCAGAGCAUGUUUUACGCACAAAAUUGGUGUUCGAACGCCUAUUUCCAAACGUUCCAUCCAAUGUUGACUACGACUCAUGGUUAGAAAAUGUCUCAGGUCACAUAGAACAAUUGCAGCAGCAGCAGCAGCAGCAACAAAAUCAAUCGAAUCAUCGUGUGAAAAAGAGAUCGGCGGUUGCAUCGACCACCUAUCAGAAUGGUGAAGAAGAGGACAGCGAUUCCGAGGAGAAUGUUACCGGCAAUGGUACCCAUCAUGCACAAGAUAAUGGUCAAAUCUGUGCAUCCGAAGAGCUGAUCUUGCAGAAUGCACACUUAAAAUCGAUUGUCGCCGAAACCAGUGAGAUUCUUACAUCGCUAGAGAAGAAAGCAUGUCUACAAGAAAGUGAAGUUCUUCGUUUGCGAAAUGAAAUUAGAUCGCUGCAACAAAAUUCAGUAUCAAAUACUACAUAAUAGUUAGUUUAUUACAAAAAAAAAAGCAAAAAAAAACACACACAGAGAAAUAGACACACAUACAAACACAUAAAAUGAAGAGCAAAAAAGCAUCAUUUCUCGAUUGUUCUUUGAUUUGUUUAAAAUAAAAUAAUAAAUGUAUCCAAUGUUCAAUCGAACGAAACCUGAUUCAAAUGAGAAUGAGAUUGAAGCUUCUAUUGAAUAUGAAUAAAAAAGAGUAUUAAAUUUAAGUGGUCAAUCUCCAACGGAAAAAAUAACAACACACACACAUUCAUCGAGAAAAUAACACAAUGUCGAUGCAUUCUUAACGAAAUAAUAGUUUUGAUAUACAUAACAAUUAUUAUCAUGUAUUCUUGAGAAAAAAAAAAUUAUAAAAAACAUCUAUAAGAAACUACUUAAAAAGAGUGUAUUUCGAACAACAAAAAGAAACAAAAACACAACAACAAAUGCUAUAAUAAAUGGAUCAUAAACAUUCAAACCAAUGACAUUUCAGAAAUAUAGUCUAUAGUAUAUUUUUAUCUACGAAAACAUUAACAGUAUACAUAGGCAACAACAAAAAAACAAAAAAUGUUUGUGUUUGAUAUGCGCCACACAAUGUGUGGACAUUAUGGUGCUAACAGCAAACAAGCAACAGCAAAAACUCCCUCAAAAUGAUAUAAACAUUUUCAACACGAAUUUCCAGCGAUAUUUUCCAAAUAAAGAACAAAAAAAACUCAUAGAUUUCGAUAUUUAUCCUUCCAAUUCGGUCUAAUCUGUAAAACAAUACGAAAUAAAUUGGAAGCAGUAAAUUGAAUCGCAACCGAAACUACAACCACAAAAAAUGCAAUACAUUUCAAACGUGAUUUAAAUUUUAAAUAAGUUGAAAAUACUAGAAACAAAAUGAAGAUUUAUAAGCUAAUGCGAAGCACACAUACAGACACACACACAUACAACCAAACACACAAAACAAGAUGAAUACAUGUCCGGCACCCAAUUUUGUGUCAAAUAUGAAAUAGGAACAAAUAUAUUAACAAAAUCGUAGGCACAAGUAGAAAAAAAUCGAUGGUUUUAAAAACAAAAUCGGUGAAUAUAAGUCAAAUA